AUGAACAGCAGCAACAGUUACUUUAAUUUUAUAAUCAUGUGGCAAAGCAGUAAAAUAUCUGCAAUGUAUUUCAUGGACAAAGAUUCCAAACUAUCUAACUUAUUUCAACAGGCAAGCAGUCCUACAACAGGAACAGCUCCCAGGAGUCAGUCACGGUUGUCUGUCUGCCCUUCCACUCAGGACAUUUGUAGGAUCUGUCACUGUGAGGGAGAUGAUGAAAGUCCCCUCAUCACGCCAUGUCGCUGCACAGGGACCCUGCGCUUUGUUCAUCAGGCCUGCCUGCACCAGUGGAUUAAGAGCUCAGACACGCGCUGUUGUGAACUCUGCAAGUACGACUUUAUAAUGGAGACCAAGCUCAAACCUCUUCGGAAGUGGGAGAAACUACAGAUGACAACAAGCGAGAGGAGGAAAAUAGUCUGUUCAGUCACAUUCCACGUAAUUGCAAUUACCUGUGUUGUUUGGUCAUUGUAUGUUUUAAUCGAUAGAACUGCUGAGGAAAUUAAACAAGGCAAUGAUAAUGGUGUCCUCGAAUGGCCAUUUUGGACAAAACUCGUUGUGGUGGCCAUUGGAUUCACAGGGGGCCUGGUCUUCAUGUACGUGCAGUGUAAGGUUUAUGUUCAGCUGUGGCGCAGGCUGAAAGCCUACAACAGAGUGAUCUUUGUUCAGAACUGCCCAGAUACCACCAAAAAACUGGAGGAGAAGAACUCUUCAUGCACUCAGACCUCGGACGUCAAGGACGCAGUGGUGGUGCCAGUAGCACAGACAGGUACAAACUCUCAGUUGGCAGCUGAAGAAACGACAUCUGAGGUCAUGCCAGUUUGA